GCGGCCGUUUCGAAAUCGCGUCGAUAUGAUCAUUAACGUGUUCGUUAUUGUAUUAAGCGGAAUAAACCGGCACAUUAACGUCGCGAAAACGAAAGCGCUCUCGUCGGUUCGUUUUACGCGUGCAUUCCGGUUAACGAGCGAAUAAUGUGUCCCGCGGCGUUUAAUAUCGUAUUUUUUUUAUUUAUUAUUUUUUUUUCUCAGAACGCACCGCGUAACGAUAUAAUCGUCAAACGAAAUACAGAAGAUCUCGACGACCGAGAUUAGAUUAAAAAUUGUGCCCACCUGCGAUGUUAACAGUAUCCGUGGCCUACUCGUGAUAUAAUCGUCGUGUUCGCCGCGCACAAGCACACUACGCGGUGACACGGGCGGUCACGAAUCGCGCUGCGCGUCAUUGUCAAUCGCGGCCUAACUCACGGGUGACACCGUUGCGACACUACUCCGGCAGCCGCGUCGAUCCAGCCGGUCCCAGAGCCUAUUUCGCCGGUUUUCGUCCGCGCGACCGUACCGUUCCGGAUAACACACCGCCGCCAGCCCGUCAUGCGAAUGUUCCCGGCGGUUUUCGCGGCGUUUCUGGCCGCGGCCUGGGCGACGACCGCGGCGGCGGCCGACCUGAGCCUGGUGUUGCUGCACACCAACGACAUGCACAGCCGUUUCGACGAGACGGACGUGUACUGCAACGAGUGUCGCGAGGACGACGCGGCCCUGGGCAAGUGUUACGGCGGUUUCGCCCGGAUCGCCGAAACGGUGCGCCAGGAGAAGCAAAACGCCACGGACCGGGGAUUGCCGUCGCUGUUCAUGGUGGCCGGCGACACUUUCCAGGGCACGGCGUAUUUCUCGUUUUUCAAAUGGAAACCGUGCGUGGACUUUAUCAGGGAACUGAAACCCGACAUAAUGGUAAAAAUACAACUACGGUGUAGACCGCGCCUAUACGCGUAUCGCGAUCAAUUUAAACGACCUUUCCGCGGCCCCACGCUCGUCCGUGAAUUCGGCGGAAAAAUGUUUCGAUGUUUUCAGUAUAACGACAUUCGUAUUCGGCCAUGUUCCAUAACGGAAAGGUUUCGGACAAAUUUUUUUUUUUUUAAAUCCGUGAAAAAUUGAUAAACUGCAAAGGUCUAACAAAUGCCGUGUUAUAGGCGUUGAAAUAAACCGACGUCUCGGUUAUUAAAUGGUUUCAGUAAACUAAGCAUGGAUUAAUUUAAAAAAAAAAACAAAUUAUUUAUUAGUUAUCUAAAGUAGGUACUUAAAUCUGCUGGUUUUCAACAAAAUAAAUCGUUAUUAUUUUCAUUGAGACAGUGAGUACCAUAAAAAUAUUGACAUCCUCCAUAGACAUAAUAAAAAUACAUAAUAUUUUUUAAAUUACGAUAUCACUCAACCAUUGUUGGCGAGUGCCGUGAAGUGUAUAAAAUAUUUUAAGUAAACAAGCUGAUGAAAAUAAUUAAUUCGCCGGAAUUACUAAAAAAUAAUGAUAGAAAAAAGGGGUUUUCAAGCAAUAGUUAAAACGCAAAACAUUUUUCACCUAACUCAGCUAAACAAAAUGUAUUUAUUAGAGCUAUACAACUAUAAAAUAUAAAACAUACAACUGGGAGAUAUUUUCGCGUUUAAUAAACAGCAAUUAGAAAAUCGUAUUCUAGUUGGGUAAAUUUGUUUGCAAAAUAAACUUUUAACUCGACUAAUAUGUUAACUUGCACAGUAUAUAGUGGGUCGCAGAUGGACGAAGUGUGGGGAAUGACUGGAAUUCGGAAAAUUAGACUGCUGAGUGAGCAAUGAAACGAUAAUUUAAUUUUAAAUUUUAUAAAACCCAUCGUUUUCUAAUUUUUUGUUUGAUAUUUUGUUAUCUUUGUAUAUUAUUAGGUAUCGUUAAUGUUAUCAAUAUAUUCCCAGUACUUACUUACAUAUAAAUUAAAACAUUUGUGAAAAUACCAUAUCUUAUAUUUACCAUGGAAAUACAUACAUAAAAAAAUUUAAUUUAUUGUAUACUGUAUUGCGUAUUUCAGACUUUGGGAAAUCACGAGUUCGACGACGGCGUAACCAAUCUCGUGUCGUAUUUAAAGGGAAUUAACACGACUAUAAUUCCAACUGUAGUAUCGAAUUUGAAUAUGACGGCAGAACCCGAAUUAAAUGAACUCGUGUCAACGUCACAUGUGUUUACAAUCAACAACACGAAAGUCGGUGUCGUUGGAUACUUAACAACGGAUACUCCGGUAAUUGAAUUAUAUCGCGUUAAAUUGCAUUAAAUUGCUUGUCAGUUAAUUUUUAUUUUUUUGUAUCCUGAGGGUAACGAAGAACUGUGUUUUUUUCUCUCGGAUAACACAUUUUCGGUUAGCAAAAAUAUUCUUAUUUGUUCGAGUCAUUUGAAUAUGCAGUUUGUUUUAUCUGGUGUGGUUAUUUAUCUGAAAAGAUUGCCUAUGAAAUACCAACAAUUUUUCUGAAAAAAUUCCUGACAACAAACAACGAUACCUCGAUAUAUUGUAUUUGUUGAAUUUUGGAUUACUUUCUAUGGCUGUAAGGGUAAAAAAAAAACAUUUUUAAGAAUAAUAAUUCACUGAACUCUGCUCAGAAUCUUUUUUUAAUUGCGAUAAUUAUUUGCAAAGCUGGCCGUUAACGAGUUACAAAGUUAAUUUGAUUUUUAACAUUUUAACUUAAUUAGUUACUUUUGGGUUUCCGUUAACCUAACUACUAACUUAACUUAAUUCUUUAUUAAUCAACGUGAAAUCAACAAAUUAAAUUUAAAUUUUAAGAAUUUAAGUUAAUUUUGAUUUGAUAAGCGAAGAAUGUAUUGGUUUUACUAUUAGAUUUUUUUUCAUCAAUCGAUUUCGUUUUCAUGUCGACAAAUAUUUCGGUCAAUGUUAUAAUACAGUACCUAGUACAGCCAUAGUCGAUUAACUAUCGUCUUUUACACACACAUGCAUACUAAUAGUAUCUGUAUGGUGUAUAAAAGGUUUGAAUAAUUAAUACAACUCGUUAGAUAGGCAUAACGAACCAUUGUUAUUUACUUUAAGUAGAAAAAACCUUCAUUACUAUAUCAAAGUAAUGUACAAAAAUAUACUGUAUAAUUAUAAACACUAUGUAGUUUUAAUUUUUAAGUUGGUAAAUAUAGAAGACUAGUGUUAUAAGAAGUUAAAACAAAUUCUGUGUUAAUUUUUAACUACUCAUCUAAUCUAAUUGCAGAGUUUAAAAAAAAAAAAAAAUCAUUAACUUGCUCAGCCUUGGUUAUUUGUUACGUACUCAUAAUUUCAUUUCAUUCCAUUUUAAUGACAUUAACAUAAAUUAAUUUUAAGUUCUAAAUACUAUGGAAUCUUAAUCUAUAAUAUUAAAACUCAUUACUACGAUAUAUUUUUAUUAUUAUAAAGACUAUAUCGAACACCGGGGCCGUUGAGUUUUACGAUGAAAUUGAGUGUUUAAAAAAGGAAACAAAAAAAUUACGCGAUGCCGGUGUUAACAUAAUUAUUGGCCUUGGUCACAGCGGCAUUGAAAAAGAUAAAAUAAUUGCGAAAGAAGUGGAAGAAAUUGAUUUAAUCGUCGGAGGACAUUCGCAUACGUUUUUGUACUCCGGUAAGCGUUACUUUAUAAUUAUUCUAAAUUGAUAUUAAUAUAUUAUCAUUUAUUAUACAAUUUUAUGGUGAAUGUUGUUUUUCAGGAAUAAAAUUAUUACUCAAAAUUAUUGUCCCUUAUAAUAUGUGUAGUUAGAAUCAAAUUUUCGGUAGUGUUUUAGACCUCUAAACAGUGCAAAUUAAAUAAAAUCAUGAGGGAUGACAAACUUUUAGUUUUGCAUUGGAUAAAUAAUGAUUUAUCCCCCAUUUCCUUCCCACAGAAAAAUGUGUAUCGCCCCCUGAAAAUGUAUAAUAUUACAUUGUAAACUCAGUGGCAGCUCGCGGCUUGGACGAUAGGACGAUCGCACUUUCUGUGUAGAAUUAAAGGAAAGGACAACUCACAAUUUUAUUGCUCUUUCAACAAUGUGCGUUUUCACAACACCAAUUAUUUAAAACAAUUAAAAGGUUAAAAUAAUAAAAAUUUAAUAAAACAAUUUUGCCCAUGACAAUCUUAUUUUUAAUAUUUUUAUCGUUUUUAACAAAAAGAACCAGUUUUUCUUCGAAUAUUAAUGAGAAUUUCAAAAAAUGAUUGUUCUAAAGUCCAACAAGAGUCAAAAUGCAACAAAAAAUUUCUCGUGUCAUGUACUGAUUCGAACAAGUUUUGUAGAAGAAAAGUUGUUUACAGAUAGAAUAUUGUUAGAAUUUAUGAGUAGAUAUUAUUAACAACUGUUAAUAUAAAUAUAUUAUAUAUUGUUUUUUGGAAAUUCCAAAUUAAAAUAUUUAAAAUGUAUUCAAAUUUGACGUACAAAAUUAUUCAUUAAAAUGCAAAUUAAUGAAUUAAUUGAUUUUUCUCAAAACAAAUUUUGGGCUAUUUUAAUUUUGACCCAUCAUUUAAUAAAUUAGAAAAUUACGUGUGUUAUUAACACGGCACCCCGAUAAAUUAAAUUAAUACAUUUUGAACUCAAGUCGUCCACGUUCCUGGCUUUUUAUUCAGUAAUGUAUUGAUACCUUGUAUCGAUGAUAAAAUACAUUUAUUAUUUAUUCAGGCAAACAACCUAGCAUCGAAAAACCCUAUGGACCGUAUCCGUUUUACGUGACAAACGUGAAAAAUAAGCCUAUACCUAUCCUACAGGCUUACGCGAAUACCAAAUACUUCGGAAAAGUCGAGUUACGAUUUGAUUCUAACGGCGUCUUGGUCAACAUCAAUGGCGAGCCAAUGAUAAUGGAUCACAACGUAAAAGAAGGCGAGUGUAUUUACCUUAAAUUCCGACGUGACGUUUAAAUAAUAAUAAUUUAAUUUUUCGGAUAAAUUGUUACAAUUUAAUAAAAAAAAAGUCUAAUACUAUUGUGUAUAAUGAUACUAUUAUAGAUCCGUCGAUGUUGAAAGUGCUCGACCAAUGGAAACCGUCGGUGACGAAAAUCACAAAUGUCACUGUGGGGCGUACGGUCGUAGAAUUGUUGAACAUCUGUCACCAAAAGGAGUGCAAUAUCGGAAAUCUUAUCACCGAUUCGUUUGUUUACUACGUAAGUAUAAUAAUACAGUGAUUUUGAUGUGUACACAUAUUUAGUAUUAAUUUUAUAAUAUAAUCAUCUGUUUGUUUUUAAGAACAUCUUGACGAAAGUCAAUUACAGUGAACAAUUUUGGACCGAUGCUCCGAUCUCACUUAUUCAAUCUGGCGGUAUUAGGACUUCGAUUAGCGAAGUGGACCAUGAUGGUAAUCAAUAAUAUAUUCUACUUUUUCGUGUAAAAAAUAUUAACUAAAACUAAAAUAUCCGAUAAUGUAUUUGAAAUUUAAACGUGUAUUCGGUUUUAUUGAAAAGCAAAAUGCGAAUAUAUAAUAGCUAGGAAAUUCAAAUUAACGAACUCACUCUAUAGUCUCUAGAGAUUCUAGACUCUCACAAAGUCCCUAUUGUGCACUAGUUAGCAUUCGAGUAAUUAGACAAAUAUUUGAAAACGAAAUAAUAUUAACAAUAAUGGUAAUAAAAUAAAAUAAAAAUAUUUAAAGUUUUAUCCUGGGUCUCGAAAAUCUUAAAGACGGUCUUAAAGACUGCUCCCGAAAAUGAAUUUUUCUUAAAGACCUCACUAUCUCUAAAAUUGAUUUCCUGUCAUUUUUCUCACUCGUCUACUUUAAAGUAAUUUCUUGUCAAAUCACGCAAUGCUAGUGAGAGAAGAAAAAUCCCCAUUCUCUCAAAAAUGUAACACUAUCUCAUAAGAUAUUUAACAUUAUAUAAUAAUCAUAGGAACUAUAAAAAAAAACGUACUUAUUAAUUGACCCAAGCCUGACAAAAAUUAAAAUAAAUAAAUAAUCGUACAUUUUAAAAUGCUUUAAGCCUUUACCUGUAACCUUAUAGGUAUACCACUAUAUUAGGAUAAUCGAUUGCAGGAGUUGAAUUUUUCGAUAUUUUAAUUUUCUCCUUAUCCGUGAAAUUACUGACCCAGUACAAAAUCGUAUUAGACUGUUAAUAUUGUAAUUUUUCUUUAAAGCACGUCAUUAAUAAUUAAGUCAUUCAAAAUAGUCGAACACUACAAUAUCUUUUAUUCAUGAAUGUAUACUACGUAAUUGCAAUCAUUGCAAUAUUGUAACAAAUGUUCUAUAUAAUUCUGUUCGUGCUAAAAAUUUACUAUUCCCGUUUCUUGUGUGAUCAAUAUUCUCGAAUGUCAAUAAAUUUUUGUUUUUUUAAUAUAUGCGUAUACUCUUGUGUUUACUCGUUUAUAUCCCGCAGAUUAACUUCUAGUAGUUUUUUAAAAUUCUCUUUCGCAAUCACUGCAAAAUAAUUAUUGAUUACAAAAUUAAAACUAAACUUUACGCAUCUAAUAUUAAACAUAGUGUUAUUAUUUUGUGUGAACCGUAGGUUACAUAACUUUGGGGCAAUUGUUAAACGUUAUACCAUUUAUGAAUAAACUUGUCAAAGUUACGGUAUCCGGUCAAACCUUACUAGAGGCGUUCGAACAUAGUGUUUUCGACUAUAUGCAUGGCCGUGGCAGUGGCAAAUUUCUACAAGUUUCCGGUGAGUAUAAAGUAAAAUUGUUUAAUUUAAUUAUUUAACUGGUAAUUUUGAUUUUCCGAAAAAUAUUCAGAAUACAGUUCUGUAUAUUAUGCAUCUAAUUAUAACUCCUUGGAAGCAAUAAUUUUCACAUAUUUGUAAAAUUAAACAAUUGUAACUUUCAUUUAAAAUGCCACGGUGAAUUAGGAAAUAGGUAAAGGAAUACUAAUAAACGCAGCAAUAAUUUUUGAUAAACAUCAUUGAAGUCAAAAACAGUUUAUGAGUAUAGUUCAGAAAAAUCUACAAUUUCAAUAGGUACCUACUUAUAUUUUUCACUAUUUUUACAAUACCUCGCUUCGAAAAACGUUACUCUUGUUUACAUUUCGUGUUUAUAAUAUAUAUAAAAUAAAAAGUAUUUUCAAUAAAGUGUUAUCAAAUAAAAAAUUCGCAUCAUUUGUACACUAAUAUUGUUUUUAUAUUUUGUCACGAUGAAUCCAACGUGAUCAUAAUAAAAAAUCUUCACAAUUAUUAAAAAAAUGUAUUAUUUUCUACUAGCCCGUUUUUUUUUUCAACUAUUAUUAUUAUGUAUUACAAAAGUUAGAAAAUCUGUAUGUUUAUUAUUGUAUUUAUACAUUUCUGAUUGUUUUUCAGGGGUCAAAGUCGAUUACGAUUUAACUCAAAGUCCGGGAAAUCGAAUUCUUUCAAUGUGGAUCCGAUGUGGUAAUUGUGCCAUUCCUAAAUAUGAACCGUUAGCGUUGACUGCCAACUAUACGAUUAUAAUGAAUGAUUAUUUGGCUGGAGGUGGUGAUGAUUAUAAGUCAUUUCAAAACAUAGUGAAAAAGACUCAAAUAUUAGGUUAGUACUUUUAUUUACAAACAAGUAAUAUGUAUUUACGUAACUAUAUGGAAAAUGCAAACGUUAAAAUUAUUUGCAAAAUUUGUAUUAUUUUUUUUUCUUUUUGUCAACAGUCUUAAAGACAAAAUGAAUUUCAACUUACCGUUCACUAUUUAAGAAUAAUAAUAUUAUCUAAUAUCCCUCUAUCAUUGGAAUUGUUUUUAUUUAUUUUUCAUACUAUAACAGGCCUUUGAUUCAGUUUUAAUAAAUUUGUUCUCGAUUUUUUUGUUCCCUUCACUGUUCAGUGUGUACUAUCAAAUACGGAUUAAAAAUUCUUGCAUUAAAAUUAUUAUGGUUUUAAAAAUGAAGAUUAUCUCAAAUUUGUUCAGAUUCAUGUGGUAACAUAAAUGCGGUCAACCAAAUAGUUCAUUUUUUUAUUUUAAAUGAAAAAUUUGAAUGUAGUAAAUAUUAUAAUUAUUAUAUAAUUAAUAUAUUAUCGCAAAAUGGUUUUUGAAUUAUUUGGUGUGAUACUUUAUAACUUAUGUGAAAACUGCGGUCUUCUAAAUAUCCAAAACACCAUGACGAAUUUUUAAACAACAGAUUAAAAACUCGGAGAUGAUUUAUAGUUAUGUCCGUAAUAUUGAUGUUAUAUUCGUUAAGAAACCACAACGGUUAUUGCAUAUAAGUCCAUCCCAUUUAUCUAAAUUUAAAAUAUGUAAUUACAUUAUUAUUUAUUCGUUAUUCACAUUAUAGGUAUCGAAGAUUACAAUGCAACAGCGACGUAUAUGACAGCCAUUAGUCCUAUUAUGACCGGUGUAGACGGCAGAAUAAACUUUAAAAUCAAAGACAACGUUACCCCAUCCAGUGCAUCCACGGCGAAUUAUUCUCAAUUUUUAUUGACCGUUUUCACGAUUUUAUUAUUAUCUUUUAACUUUUGAUUGACUCUGUUAGAAUAUUGUAUACGUAUUAUUUAUUGACUUGAAGAUGUAAUGUAAUGGUAGGGGAGGUAGGAGGCUGGCUCUCUAACCAAAUCCAAACAUAAAUGUUGCAUUAUAUUUUUACGGACCUUAACCGAACGAAACGUAACGAUGUUAUAACGUGUAAUAUAAAAUGUAUGUAAAUAAUAUAAUUAUAUGUACUAUGUGUAAAAUGUAAUAAUUUUUUGGAACCUAUAAUGUCAAAAUCUUUAAUUAUUAUAUAAACCAAUGUGACCUACACUAUGUAUUUUUGCUGAUUUUAUUUAUAUGCUUGAGUUUUU